AUGUGCAGCGAGCGACGCUUGACGGCGCCGCGCUUGCUGCCCGCCGCGGCAGAGCUGUCGGUGCCGGCGGGUGCAGACGUUUGCCUGCCAUGCGUCGCCUCCGACCAGCCCGCGCCACAUUACACUUGGUAUCGCGAAUGGGCCGGACGGCUGCAACCUGUGGAGGUGGGCGGCGGUGGCAGCGGCGUGUGGUGGUGGGCGCAGGGCGCGGCGCUGUGCCUGCGCAGUGUGACGCGCGCCUCCGCCGGCGCAUGGCUAUGUAAGGCGUACAACGUGUUCGGCGACGCCACGGCGCAUGCGCGACUACAUGUCACCGACGCGCUGCGUGUCACCGUCGCGCCGCUAGUGCUGGUGGCGGACACGGGCAGCACGGUGAGGUUCAACUGCUCGUCGUCGGAGGCGGGCGCGUCGCUGUCCUGGCUUCACGACGGCGCGGCAGCGGGCGCGGGCGCGGAGCUGGUGGUGCGCGGGGUGGCGCGCGCGCACCGCGGUGCCUACCAGUGCUUCGCGCGCCUCGCCGACCACGCCGCGCACGCCACCGCAGAGCUGCGUCUCGGAGAUUCUGCACCGGAGCUGCACUACACGUUCAUCGAGCAGGCGCUGCGGCUGGAGGUGCUGUGUCGCUGCGCUGCGCCGCGUCCGGAUCGCUCCGCGCUGCGCUUCACCUGGCUGCUCGACGACCAGCCGCUCGACCAGUACCGCGCGCAACACAGAUACUUUAUUAGCCAGGAGAGCUCCGCGAACGGUGACGUGGUGUCGGUGCUGAACAUGACGGCGGCGGCGGCGACCGACGGCGGUCGCUACACCUGUCGCGCGCACAACCAACUCGGCCGCGCCGCGCACUCCGCGAGACUCAAUAUAUACGGUAAGAUGCCGCCCAGAUAA